GGAGGGUCUUACUGUCCCCGCCCCUCGCUGCCAGGCUGGGCCUCGCUCCGCGUUGCUUUUCCCAGGCCGGACAAUAAGGGACCCCUCGUCCCGCCCCUCCCCGGACCGGCUCCAGCGCCUGCACUAGCGCCUCCGUCUGCCCCGGGGCCCGCUCUGCCCGGGGCCAUGAAUAUCUUCAGGUUCCUGGGGGACAUCUCCCACCUGCUGGCCAUCAUCAUCCUGCUGCUCAAGAUCUGGAAGUCCCGGUCCUGCGCCGGUAUUUCUGGGAAGAGCCAAGUUCUGUUUGCUGUUGUCUUCACUACCCGGUACCUGGACCUGUUCACUAACUUUAUCUCCCUGUACAACACCUCCAUGAAGGUAGUGUACAUUGCCUGCUCCUAUGCCACAGUCUGGAUGAUCUACAGCAAAUUCAAGGCCACGUACGAUGGGAAUCAUGACACUUUCCGGGUGGAGUUCCUAGUAAUCCCCACAGCUGUGCUUGCCUUCCUGGUGAACCACGACUUCACUCCCCUGGAGAUCCUCUGGACCUUCUCCAUCUACCUGGAGUCGGUGGCCAUCCUGCCACAGCUGUUCAUGGUGAGCAAGACAGGUGAAGCGGAGACCAUCACCAGCCACUAUCUCUUCGCUCUGGGUGUCUACCGUGCCCUGUACCUCUUCAACUGGAUCUGGCGUUACCAGUUUGAGGGCUUCUUCGACCUCAUUGCCAUCGUGGCUGGGCUGGUGCAGACCGUCCUCUACUGUGAUUUCUUCUACCUCUACAUCACAAAGGUGAAUUCCACUUCUAAUACUCCUUCCUGCACCCACUCCUUGGCUGGGUAGAUAAAGAUAGGCAACCUGAGGACACCACUGCCACUAAAGGAGGUUCACCAGCCUGCUGUGCUGAUCGCGUGUUCAGAGGUUUGCCAGGUGCUGAAGUGCUGUGUGUUAGCAACAUAGGGUGGGGUCUUUUUUUUAAUCCUAAGGGGAAGGCAUUAAGCCUCUGGUUCCUUUCAUUACAGAUCAGUUUGGGGUUUUUUAUUUUGUUUUGAGGUGGGAAUUGAAACUCCUGGUUAGUUUAUUCCUUUUUUUAUUGGCAAAGUGGGUGUGAUAAUAUUAAAAACUCAAAUCUCCUUGUUUUGUACAUAAUUGAUGGUUAAGUCCUUGUUCACUUUAAAUAAACAAAAAAAACAAA